UCCCGUUUGUGUGAAGGUGAGCGUUGACUGCUUAAACUCGUUCAAAAAUAUAAUUUAUCGUUUUUUUUUUUAUUGAAGUUGCUAGUUUUUAAUUUUCCGACAAUACAAAAAUUUAUUUUAUAACAUUAAGUUUAAAAUUAUUUUUCCCAUUUAAUUAUACUCUAGACAAUUGUGUAAUAAUUUUUGAGUUUAAAAAAUUGCCCGCCAAAUUUACCACGUGAAAACAUGGAUGAUCUUGCGAUCCGGCUAAACCAUAGGAAAGAACAGGUGAUCAUACUUAACGAAGACAACAUGUUAUUAGACGAUAAAAGUAUCUAUACAUCUCCACCGAAGAUAUAUCCAUUUGCUAUGGUCCUUAGACUUCGUGUACUUCAGAUAGUUUGUGGCAUUACCGGGUUAGUUAUGGGUAUGGUCGCCACUAUAGAAGAAAAGGGAAAAAUGAACUUGGGCUUAGCCAUACCGGCUGGAAUUCUGACAGUUAUUGCUGCAGCCGGAAGCAUCUACAUGAGCCACGGUUUUAGCGGUUACCGACCGCAACAGCUGUGUGACCCACGACUGCAACCUUUCCGGUUUCUAGGACCCACCAUCCGGUCCGCGGUAGCGCUCACAGUGCUGUGGCUAGCCGCGUGUCUGUUGCACGCCUGUCUGCUGUAUUUCUCAGCACGGUCACUGUUCCGGAACGGACAGAUCGCCGUGCUGGCCACCAUACUCAUUUUGCUCACGUUGCUCACGUUGCUUUCCACUGCUGCGCUAGUGCACAUUGACUGCAAGUACGAUCCCGAUUGACCCGGCCCGGAGGUCCAAGCGCCCACGGCUUCGGUCAGCGUAAUCGGACCUAGCCAUUUGUCCACGGACAGAGCAACUAAAGUGGCAUGGGUUAUAUAAUACCAUAUAUCAAAGUAUACUGGCUACGAGGGAUGCCACGUGACAAACACUCUGUGCUUAUCACAACAUUAUGUAAUUUAUGUAUUUUAUUGUAUACAUUUACACGAGCAUUGUAUAUACAUUUUCAACUAAAUAACGCUUUGUCAUUAUCGUAAAAAUAAAUUACGAUUCCAAAACUUUUUUUCCGCGAUGACCAAAUCUCGGACAACCUCCCUAUAGCAAAAUCGUGCUUUUUACGCCUAAAUGUAUUAAAUAUACACAUAUGAUGAUCUCACAUUAUAUUAUUGGUACCAAAUUAUGCGAAUUGAAUAAAAUACACUACUGCCCUGUUGUCAAACUAUGAUAGCACAUAAUACUAUAAUUACCGAAACUACAUUUAUUACAGAUUUAUCAGCAAAAGAAUCUAAAAAAUAUAUUGAUUCCUAAAAAAUAUAACAUCCGUAAUAAGAAAAAAAACCCAAUAUAAAAUGAAUUUUAUUUAAACCACACCAGAAUCUAAAUAUAUUUUAUUGUAAAACUUCAUUUUUUUUAAUGAAAAUUUUCUGGCAAAAUAUUCAAUAACAAAUAGUGCUUUAUUUUUCUUUAGAAUUUAUCGUUCAAAAUAAGAAUUCAAGACAAUAAUUUCAAAACUUUUCACGCUCUCAUUUUUUUUUUUCAUUAGAAGUAGACUUCCGUAAAUAUUUGUAAACUUAAUUUAUUCAUUGUUCGAUGUAUAAAUCAUAUCUAAAGAUGUAUAAUAUGUAAAUGUGAGAAAAAAAGUUUUCGGCAGAAUUAAAUCGUCAAAGAAUAUAUUGUGUAACAGUUUAAUAUAUGUAUUAAAAAUCAGGUCCAACAGCCUAGCACCCCGAAUUCAAAAUUUUGAUCUCAAAUCUAUUUAAUAAUUAGUACCUAAUUUGUAACAAUUUGUAACGCAAAAAUUAGAAUUUGUAACACAAGCUUUACCCAAAAAGUCUUAAUUUUUUCGGGGUGCUGGGCUGGGCUGCAGUACAAAUUUUUACAAAUUAUGUACUAAUUAUCUAAAUAGGUUUGAGAUAAAAAUUAUGAAUUCGAGGUGCCAGGCUGACGGACCUUUAAAAAUCAUUGAUUAGGUUAUAAAUAAAAUUUGAAUAAUAUUUCUUAUGCAUGUUGAAUAGUAUUUUCAAAGUAUAGCAAUUAUCAAACAAAAUAUUAUUAUUUAAUAGGUACUAUAUUUAGGUAAUGAUUGUUUAUAAUUAAAUAUUAAUACGAUUAUUUUUAUUUUUUUAGAUUUUUGUUUUUUAUACUUAAACUUAUGAUAUAGAUUAAAUGUGAUGUUAAUUGUUUAAUUAUAAAGACAUUAUGAUAUGAUAAAAAUUAUAAUAUUUACCAUAUACUGUCACCAUAACAUGUAUAAUUUACCUAUAUGUCUAACGUCUAAGAAUAAUUAUGUAAAUUUACUUUUUAUUUAUU